UGAUUGGGUACCGGACCUGCCAGUCACGGUGUCCUUGCCGCCCAUUUCCGCCCUGUUUGAGAAGCAGCUUACUUUUCGAUUGUUUAUAUUAGUUGAGCGUUAAUUUGACCAUAAUUUACAGGUAGUGUGUUUGGCUGUCUGCGAUGCUUGGAGCGAGGCUGGGCUGCAGGGACAGGCCGAUGGUGGAAACAUGACUUCUGAGUAACGCCCAGUUACUUUCUCUGCUCAGUAUGAACAGCGAGGAAGAAUUUUACGACGCUGAGACAGGGCUUGAGUCAGAUGAUUCCUGUGAGGUCAGUUUUAAAGAUGCCCUGGUGUUUGACAGUAAGCAGGUGACUGACGGCGGAGCCAAACAGGAGAAUGGAGUGUGGGAGCGCAGGAAAAUCCUGCCUGCUGAAAUGAUUUCCAGGAACAAUUACAGUGUUUGGAAUAUAUUGAAGAAAUGCAUCGGCAUGGAGCUGUCCAAAAUAGCAAUGCCGGUUGUGUUUAACGAGCCACUGAGCUUUCUCCAGAGAAUGUCGGAGUACAUGGAGCACACUCACCUCAUCCACAAAGCCUGCACUUUGUCUGACUCAAUAGACCGCAUGCAGGUUGUUGCUGCGUUUGCUGUUUCGUCUGUAGCAUCUCAAUGGGAAAGGACUGGAAAGCCAUUUAAUCCUUUACUGGGCGAGACCUAUGAACUCAUAAGAGAGGACGAGGGAUACAGAUUGAUCUCGGAGCAGGUGAGCCACCACCCCCCUGUCAGUGCCUUCCAUGCCCAGUCUCUGAAACAAGAGUUUGAGUUUCACGGCUCCAUUUACCCAAAACUCAAGUUCUGGGGCAAAAGUGUGGAGGCCGAGCCAAAAGGCACUAUGACACUGGAGCUACUGAAAUAUAAAGAAGCGUACACAUGGACAAACCCAAUGUGUUGUGUGCAUAACAUCAUCCUGGGAAAACUCUGGAUUGAGCAAUAUGGAACAGUGGAGAUAGUCAACCAUAGCACUGGCGAUAAGUGUGUGUUGAACUUCAAACCAUGUGGCAUGUUUGGGAAAGAGCUGCACAAAGUCGAAGGUCAUAUUCAAGACAAAAGUAAAAAGAAGCGGCGAGUGAUCUAUGGAAAGUGGACAGAGUGCAUGUACAGCGUGGACCCCAAGGUUUACGAAACAUACAAGAAGUCAGAAAAGAAGGCGGGGGGAGACUCAAAAAAAGCUGAAACAGGUGAUUGUGAAGCUGAGGAUACAGAUGAAAUGCCAGAAGUUCAAGAGACUGUGACUGUGAUACCAGGAAGUGCCUUACUGUGGAGGAUAACGCCGCGGCCUGCUCACUCAGCACAGAUGUAUAACUUCACCAGCUUUGCCAUGACACUAAAUGAACUGGAGCCCGGCAUGGAGAGACUACUGGCACCAACAGACUGCCGACUGAGGCCCGACAUCAGAGCCAUGGAGAUUGGAGACAUGGACUUAUCGAGUACAGAGAAGGAGCGGUUAGAGGAGAAACAAAGGGCCUCAUGCAGGGAACGCUCCAUGCAUGAGGAGGAUUGGUCAACCAGGUGGUUUCAGCUGGGAACAAACCCUCACACAGGAGCUGAGGACUGGCUGUACACAGGUGGAUACUUUGACAGGAAUUACACUGACUGUCCCAACAUUUAUUGACAUUGGAGGAGGUGCUCAAUGGAAGAUCUCCUCCUCUCUGAUAGGAUUCACUUUAUUUCUCAGCAUCUAAGAUUUUGUGUCUUUGUGACGUCCAGAUGCUCACUGGUACUGUGUCUUUGCUUGAAUCCAUAAAAAGCUGAUAUCAGAAUGUUAUCAAACAGUUUAUCAGAUUAAUACUGACUGUGCACUUGGUCCACAGGAGAAAUGUAAUAUUGAGGAGAAUUUUAGAGUUUACUUAUUUGUAAAUGUUGACAUAAACAUCUUCCGUCUUUAUAUGCCCUAAUCAUGACAGUAAUAGUCCCCAUAUAUGUUACUCACCUGUCGAGGUUUUUUAAACGUGUGUGUGUGUGGUGAUCAUCCUGCUGCUGCAGGACCGAAAGCUCUGACUUGUAGAGGAUAUAUUCUCAGUUUUAGUUCAGGUACCCAACCCUAAUCUUACCUAUAGACGUACCACACACUUCUUGUCCAGUUGCAUUUAAAUAUCAGGGGUUAUUUAAACACAUCUGCUACUUUUUAUAUAUAACAAAUAUAAUUUGAAUAUUAGAUGUGUAUUUUCGUUAGCUGUAAACAUCCCUAAAAUGUCACGUGUGAUUCAUUUUCUGUGAAUAGAGACUUACAGUAGAAAUGAAAGCUGCUUAUAACCAUGUUUACCUUCACAGUAAACACAUUGUUGGUACAUUAUAUUGUUCGCUGUAACAUAGAUAAUGUGUAUAAUAAUUGGUGCAUGCAUGUCCACCAAGACGAUUAUUUACACAAGUUAAAGCCAUAAAAACGUUUUCAGCACUAAGUAUAAUACUGUCAAUGACUUCACAUAAAACGUUAAAGCGAAAGGAUACAGCGUGUUUUGGUUUAAAUUCUGACACUAUAAGGAACAUGUUGAUGGGAUAUUCUGAGCCAUACAGUCAACACAAUAUUAAUGAAAAGUUCAUAUUAAUGGAUUUUGUAACUCCUAUUAUUGUUUGUCUUACGUAAGACAAAGUAACUGUAAACAGGAAAUCUAAUAUUGCCAGAGUCAGUUAGUUAGGUAGCUGUGUUUUUCGUUGUUGCUUGUAUUUGUUUAUUUUUGCAAAUUGGCACCAUUAAAAAAAAUUGCCAACUUAGCUAUUAGCAGUUCCUGUUUGCGAUGUACCCAUAAAAUGUACAGACAACUAUCACUGGAUGACUUUGUUACAGAAGAAAAGUUGAAAACAUGAUUCUCAGGAAAGUUCUUGCAUUAAAAGGAGCAUCUUUAAUUUUUAUGAUUUCUAAGCGGAUUUUUGGACAUUUGUUUGCGAGAUAAUGAUAUCUCUGGGAAGUGCAAGUUGCACCAAAUCUAAAAUUUGUGUUUAUAGCCUAUAUUUUUUGACCGAGUUAUGACUCCGGGAAGGAGUAGGAAUUUUGAGGCAAAUUUGCGGCUCACGUCUCUCCCUCCGCCUGCCGAGGCACCAUUCGAAAACCUCUUGUUUAAAGAGGGAGCUGCUACGUACUGACUCCUGAUUAUAGCCGUUUGUCUUCACACAUGGACAAGUAACUGACUAUUUCCAGAGGUUCCAGUUUAUGUCCAGAGACAUUUUUCCAUCAACGAAAGUGGUUUUCGGACACCGCAGCAGCAAAAAAAGACAGAACACUGUAUCCAUCAUAAACCUAUGCAAACUGAUCCAUCUAGUCUGUCCUCGUGAAAUGUGAAGAAUGAAAAUAAAACACUUAACUCCUCUUUAGCUUGUAGCCAAUGUGUGCUUCAGACACUACAGAGGCAGCCGUUAAUGAAUGUUGUGUGCUAAUGUUAGAACACUUACAUAUAUGCAGCAGAUGUUAGUAUGUUCCUUUGUGUUUCAAAGCACUAACAUUGCAUGAACAUGCACAUUUGAACGCUCACAGUGCAAUGCACAUAUUGUACAGUGAAAAUAUAUAUUCUACAUCAUGUCUUUCCCCAGCUGCUCUCGAAUUUACUCUGAAUUGAAAGCACUUUGUGAGGCCUGCAGACACUCAAAGGUGUAGGUUAGCUCUGAUGGUCACACUUGACCCUCUUGUUUCGUCUAGCAUUUAUUUAAAAUUGUUUAGAUUGUAUUGAUCUAUUGUUUUGUUUAGUUUUUCCUCACUCUGUCAUCCAUACACAAUCAUAUGCAUACAUGGCAUAUUUGAGAAAUAAAUGAUGCACUAUUGAAAUUA